CCUCAUUCUCAAGGACCAUCUGUGCUCCCAGGCAGCAUAAAACUGAGAUGCCGCUCACUUACACAAGCCUGAACAGCGCAAAGGUCCAGGUCCGUGUGUUGAGGAUCCUGGACACGAACGGCGGCAAGUCAACAUCACAAGGUUCGGUCGCAAGCAGCGGGCUCAAUUGCGCAUUGGACGUCAUCUCACUCGACCACGCAACCAAGUACACAGCCCUUUCAUAUGUCUGGGGCGAUUCGAGUACGAGCACCACCAGCAUCACAAUAGACGGCAUCACAGUUCCUACCACGGAGAAUCUCCAUGAAGCUCUGCUAUGGUAUGCCAAGCGCCAGUCUCGUGGCGUUAGACUGCCGAUAUGGGCCGAUGCGAUCUGCAUCAAUUAGGAAGACCUCAGCGAGAAGAGCAGCCAGAUUGGCCUGAUGAGUCGGAUAUACCAGGAGGCGGACGAGGUCAUAUGCUGGCUCGGCCCUUCAACGCCGCACAUCGACAAGUUCCUGCGCUGGAGACCACUGCUGGCAAGACCGCACC